AUGGAUCCUGGGCUGGCGUUCGACAUCAACAAAGAACAGUACAUCGGCUACUUGUGCUCCAGCCUCGGCCAGACUGCGAUGCGGGCCAUUACUCGCAAGUACAGCACCGGCGAGUGCUCCGAUUACGCACAUGUGGCCCAAGAAGAACUCAACUAUCCAAGCGUCGUCGUCGACGUGCUCCCUCUCCGGCAGAAUCACGUCGUGGUCAGGACGCUGACCAACCUUGUUGCUGACGGCCUGCCGGAGGUGUACAAGCUGUCGGUGGUUCUGUCCAAGAUGGUGUUCGUGGACGUGGAACCCGCCGUGCUGACUUUCACGGCGCCGGGGCAGAAGCGGUCCUUCUCCAUCCGAGUCGCCCCGAGGUCCGGGGUCACGCUCAUCAAGGGAGCCGCCUUCGAGGGCUCCAUCAUCUGGUCAAGCAACCGCGGCCACGUCGUCCGGAGCCCGCUGCUCGCCGUCGUCGGCCUGGACGCCCCUCCGCCGUCCACGGCAUGGAAGCUGGACGACUGA